GACUUUAAUGACCGCCAUGUUGGCCAUGGCGUAUUGAAGUCGACAAAAGGAACCUAAACGGACCGGGGGAAAAACCGCCUUUCUUCCGCUUCCAACCCCCGUUUUUUCUUCAUGGAAUGGAACUAGGAGCUCCAAUCUCUCAUCCAUGAUAGGUUCCGGGCGGCUCCGUGUAGGUUUUACCGGGUGUAGGCGUCAACAUUUCAUCAGCGACUAAAAAAAAACGCAUUAUAUAUAUAUUUAUAUAUUUCCUUCCAACUACAACCUCCCUCCCUCUCUCCUUCCCCUCCUCUCUCUCUCUCGCUCUCUCCCGCGGUGGUAUUUGGGUUUCUAAUCCGCCGCGAACACGCACAUACAAACCGAGGGAGAGCCGAGAAUAAUGAGCAAACUGUCGUUUCGGGCAAGGGCGCUCGAUGCAUCGAAACCCCUACCCGUGUAUCGGUGCGAGGAUUUGCCGGAUCUGCACGAAUAUGCCUCCAUCAACCGAGCGGUGCCCCAGAUGCCCACGGGGAUGGAGAAGGAGGAGGAAUCGGAGCACCAUCUCCAGCGGGCAAUUUCAGCACAACAGGUUUAUGGAGAGAAGCGGGAUAACAUGGUUAUUCCUGUCCCAGAGGCAGAAAGCAAUAUUGCCUACUAUGAAUCUGUCUACAGUGGGGAGUUCAAGAUGCCAAAGCAGCUUAUUCACAUACAGCCUUUUAGCUUGGAUGCCGAGCAACCAGACUAUGAUAUGGACUCGGAUGAUGAAGUGUUUGUGAAUAAACUAAGAAAGAAGAUGGACAUUACCCCUCUACAAUUUGAGGAGAUGAUUGAUCGUCUAGAAAAAGGCAGUGGCCAGCAGCUGGUAACUCUCCAGGAGGCAAAGUUACUAUUGAAGGAGGAUGAUGACCUCAUCCGGGAAGUAUAUGAAUAUUGGAUUCGGAAAAGGAAAACCUGCCGAGGAUGUUCACUUAUUCCAACCGUUAAACAGGAAAAACGGGAUGGUUCCAGUACCAAUGAUCCUUAUGUUGCCUUCAGGAGAAGAACUGAAAAGAUGCAGACCAGAAAGAAUCGUAAAAAUGAUGAAGCUUCAUAUGAAAAAAUGCUGAAGUUAAGAAGGGACCUGAGUCGAGCAGUAACUAUUUUGGAGAUGAUAAAGCGAAGGGAGAAAAGCAAAAGAGAGCUGCUCCAUCUAACGUUGGAAAUUGUAGAGAAAAGGCACAGCCUGGGUGACUUCAGUGGCGAGAUUUUAUCUGAGGUUAUGGCACAACGGCAGCAUGUAAAACCUACCUAUACUGUGCCCAUCAUUCCAAUAUCUAAUAGCAAUCAGUAUAAACAUCAAGAGUUUAUGGAGUUCAAAGAAUUUAAAGUUAAUAAGCAAGAGAAUGUGGAGAUUAUACGACCCAAGAGAAAGUAUGAGAAGAAAAAACACAAAGUCUUACAACCAACUGCUGCUGCACCUCAGCAAACAAGCCCUGCUGCACUGCCAGCCUUUAAUGCAAAGGACAUAAACCAGUAUGACUUUCCCAGCUCUGAUGAGGAACCGUUUUCGCAGGUCCAUUCUGCAUCCUCAGAAGCAGAGGAAGAGAAUGAUCCAGAUGGUCCUUUUGCUUUCCGGAGGAAAGCAGGUUGUCAGUACUAUUCUCCUCGAUUGGACCAAACAGGGAACUGGCCGUGGUGUAGUCCGGAAGAAGGAGGAUUAGGAGAUGUUCGCUACAGAUACUGCCUCACUACACUGACAGUACCCAGGAGGUGCAUUGGUUUUGCACGAAGGCGUGUUGGACGAGGCGGAAGGAUUUUGUUGGACCGAGCGCACACGGAAAAUGAUGCUGUUCUUCAUCAGUUGGAUCCUGAGAUACUCUCUUCCCCACCCCAUUCUCCAUUUAACGAAUUUGCCAAUACCUCACAAAUAAAUACCUCGGAUCACCCCUCUAGAGACCUCACUCAGAUUCUAGCAAACAUAAAAGCAUGCCGGUGGCGGCAUUUCAGACCCCGGUCACCAUCCCUUCAGGACAAUGAUGGUGAUGAACUCUUCUCCCGAAAGCUGUAUCGGGGUGUAAAUCGAAUCGUAACAGCACAACCUGGGACCCAGCCAUGUAGUACCUCUGUCUCCAGCAAAAGCAGUGGCAUUGGUUCAACACAGAAUAGUGCAUUUACAGCAGAACAAUACCAGCAACAUCAACAGCAGCUAGUACUGAUGCAGAAACAACAACUUGCACAGAUUCAGCAGCAGCUAGCACAUAGUAAUUCAGGCUCCAAUGCUUCACAGGGUUCUGUUUCAAAAACAUUGGAUUCAGUUAGUGCACAAUUUGCUGCUUCAGCUUUGAUGACAUCAGAACAGUUGAUGGCUUUCAAGGCAAAGGACGAAGUAGUGCUUGGAAUCAAUGGUGUCCUACAAGCCUCAGGAUCGUACAAGGGCUUACACCUCACUAGUACCACGCCUACAGCACUUGUACAAACCAGUCAAUCAUCAGCAGGUUCAGCCUUACUGCCGCCCUGCAGCAACACACAGACAGCAACUUCCCUCAGUGCACUGAGUCACCAUGGAAAUCCUGCAAACUCAAGUCCUCAGGUUCUGCUUGGCAACAGCCUUCGUCUAGGUGUACCUAGUUCAGUAGCUGCUGUUAAUUCUGUCACCAGUCUGAAUGCACGUCAUAUACCUAGAACUUUAAAUACUGUUCCAACAUCUGCCUUAAAACUGGCUACAGGAGCAAAUUGUCAGGUACCCAAGGUUCCAGGCUCCACCUCCAUGGAUGGAGUACCAAGGGAAAACCACGACACAGAAAAGCCAGCACUAAACAGUAUAGCAGACAAUACAGUGGCAAUGGAAGUAACGUAGUGUCCACAAAGAUAGCUGCAGCCUUGGGAACUCAUUUAGGUGCUAUGCAUCAAUAGCGUUUGUGAAUGCAAGGGAUGGCGGAAUGCAGCACAUUGCGUUUCCAUGGCAGCUCUGGGGACUUGAUGGCAAUGCACAUCUCAUGCUUUUUUGUUACUGUUAAUAGGAAUUGACAUCUGUAAAUUAUGAUACAGCAAUUAUCUGUACAGUACUGCAUAUUUGUAAUACACUUGUAUAUAUGUUACUUGAAUACUGAACUGUUCAUUUGUGAUGCUUUGCACUUGAAAAAAAAACAAAAUUGCAACCAGUAAGAGUGAGAUGUGAGAGAUCUAUAGAGAUGAAGUGUCAUCACAUCAUGUGCAUGGUGCGGAACCUGCUGUUUUAUCUAUUUAUUGUGCUGUGUUUACAGUUUUGUACACUGUACCUUCAUUGGUUCCUGUGCUGUAGUAAAUGUGUUAGGUAGCUGUGGACUCCUCGGUAUUUUGUAUAUGGUGAACAUACUUGGUUCCCCUCUGGGUCCCUGAGUUUCUGUGUAUCAUGUAAAAAUGGUGACAUACAUACAGAUUUGAAAAUUAAGGCAUCAGUUUGUAAAUGGGGAUGGAACUACUUCAUGGAGACAUAGGGAUCUUCCACUUAUUUGUUCUACCGCAAGUAACAAGCUGGAAAUGAAGUCACACUUUUUCAGAAGCAAGGAUGCUUCUGCAAAAUUAUUUUAGCACUAAUUAUUUUCUAUGCUGCUUAGUUUUUUGCUCAAUUGAGUUUAAACAAAUUGGACCUCCUUCAAAACAAAUCUGAGCUGUAUCAGAGUUUCCCAAGCUUUUUUCAUUGUUCAUUCAUCAUUCAGUUAUUUUUGUAUCUGUUAAAGUUGUAAUUUUCUUGUUGAUUUUUGUGCUCCUGUACACACAGACUUCAUUCUUCACUUGUUCACAUGAAAAAGAGAAGAAACAACAAGGAGAUAAGGGAGAUGAAUGCAGUAGUUGCUGUACGUGUAUCAUCAUUCCAGUUUCUGAAACAGCCAGCUUUUACUUUCAGAUUCUUGUGAAGGCUAUAAGGCCAGAACCACGAUAUCGGGUGCCUUCCUUUGGAAAUAAUAGACCUCUCUUCUGUGAAGAGAUUGGUACUUAACAGACUACUACUAGUGCUUUGUCAGUACCUGAGUCUGAAUGCCCAGUCCAAUGGCAUAUAUAUCCUCAAGGUUUUUAAUCCCACCUGGAAUUGUGACAGAACUCUCACAAAAUAAACCCAGGGCAUUAUAUGUUGACCAACAGCUGUGUUUUUUUUUUAAAUUUUGUAUCGUGUUGGAGUUAUUUUUCUUGCUACAUUAGAAAGAAAAGUAAUUUGUGUAUUUACAGUAUUUUGUAAUUGAAGCAUUAUGAAAUGUGAGCUCUCACCAUUUUACCAUGCUGGUAAGUUAGAUAUUAAAAAAAAAUCUGGGGGGUAAUUAUGUGGCUGGUAAUGCUUUGAGGAGGUAACUUAUUGGACCACUUCAUAAAUAACUUAAGUUUAUAACACAUCUUUUUCAAGACCUAAUGCUUAUAUUGAAGAAAGUAAAUUGAUCCUUGUUUGAAUUU